AUGCGACCAACUCAUAUGUUGAGAGCGGUAAAGUCCGCGAAUGCUAUUCCUGUCAACAAGAAAUACACCCUUCAAUCCACCGGUAUCUGGGAGACUUUGCGACGGAUAUUUGCCCUCGACCCAAAUCGGUCAAAUGGCGUCCCAUUGAACCCGCAAUUCCGCAAUCCUACCCCGGGUGCUCUCUCCCCACAGUCCUACGAUGACCCCGUCACGAUUCCCGCUGGCGACAUUGCGGACAACCCAUACUGGAAACGGGAUACCCGAAGAAAUUACGCCCGCCCAAGUGUAUUGAAGCAGGUGGAUGUUGUCGGACUUCUCACGGUGGGGAGUGAGGCGGCGCCAAAGUCAGAUGUACUUGAGAUUGGGGAUGCGGGAGCCCAGCAACUGGUGGAAGUGAAGCAAAAGGGAGAGGAACAUGGCCUAGCUGCAUUUUUUGAAAAGGAGAAGAAAGUGGAGGGUCUGCUGGGCCCUCAGGGGUUGCCACCUAAGCCUGCCAACUUGAACCCGGUAUCGAGAUAUGAGAUGGCUCCUGCCCAGUCAUAUCCACCGCAGUAA